AUGCACCCGUUCGCGACGUAUGUGCUACGGAGCUAUUACAAGGCGACGGGAUGGAACGAGGAUAAUCUGUACUCGAACCUGACCCGGUCCUCAAGCGCCCUGCUCGACUUUGCUGUCCCGCGUGGCCUCCACUUCUCGAUCUCGAAGUCGCCCAAUGCGCUCUUUCGGACGACAUAUUCCAUGAACGCUCUGCCUUCCCUCAACGGCUCUGUCGGAUACAUAUUUACUUCAUGCCCGCUGAACCUGGCUUCGUCACGCGACGUCCGCUUCAAGGAACUUGUCGACCGCUUUCGGAUAUUCGACCAGCCGCGCCGACCUCAACCCAAGGAGGAAGUUUGGUUAGGCGGAGAGCGCGUCGAUAGUCGGGACUAUCUGCUGUAUGGCAGACUGUACAUACCAACCGGUCGCCUUGACGCGGUGUACACGACGCGCAUGUCUACAAACCUUCAGACCGUUAUUGCCGCUAUUUCCGAUCCUCGAGCGGACGCUGCCCAGCUGACCGGUCGUGCGGGCGCAUCCCCGAGCAACGUCAUGUUUUCGCUGCAGCAUGAUACCGGCCGGACAUGUACCGAAUACACAUAUAGUGCCGAGGACAUGAUGCUCGGCGCUAGAGUAUUGCAUAACUUUGGAAGGAUAGGCGGGAUUGCGCCUGUGCCCGAGAAUGGCGAAGCGCGCGAGCGAACGAAGCGUAUCGAUGAGGAGGACGCGAUGGAGGGCGGCUUAAAGGGUCGCAUAAGCGCUGGCGCAGAGCUAUACUUCAGCGCAAAGGAGAAGAGUGCGGGCGUGAGCACCGGUAUACGCUUCACCACACUGCCCGAUGCUACCCCACCGUCGUUCCAUAUGCCACCUGAACCCUCGGCCUUCCCUCCCUUUGCCGUAUCUGCGGGAACAUCGGAGCCAACCCCAUCAACCCUCUCUCAGCCGCCCACGACUAUCACCGCGCUCUUCAAUCCAAUGAUGGGACACAUAUCCGGUGCAUAUGCAGCUCGUGUCUCGCGCGAACUUGCACUCGGCUCGCGUUUUGACUUCAACGUCUACAGCUACGAGAGCGAAUGGACUAUGGGCGCAGAAUGGUGGUUACACCGCGGACACGGCCAGGCUCAGACGGACGCAGCCGCGGCGGACGGCCUACCUUAUUCGCCUUACGACGUGACUGGCGUGGUAAAAGCUCGUGCUUCGACAUCGAACGAACUUGCUCUGAUGUGGGAGGGAAGGAUACGAAACAUGCUUGUCGGGAUCGGCGUAGCGGCUAAUCUAUCGAAUCGCGCAAAACCGAUUCGUUCACUCGGCCUUGAGUUGUCAUACUUUAGCUCUGGAUGA